UGGCAGCCACUGCAGGAACUUUUUGAAACGGGUGCAUUAGUCGCUGUGUUGUUUUAUCCUGACCUGGCUGCAAAUACUAUAUCCUUUUAGAUACACGUUGUUUUUAAGAUGAGCAUUCCUGUGGUGGACUUCGGCGCGUGCAGCCUGAGAGAGAAGGAUGUUAGUGAGGAGCAGAUGAUCAGUUUGAGCAAAGAUCUGGAAACAGCUUUCAUUGAAGUGGGGUUUGUCUUCUUGAAGAACACUGGGAUCACUCAGGAGGAGGUGGAUCGUGUUAUGGCCAUAUCCAAGACGUUCUUCCUGCAGCCAGAUGAGGAGAAACAACCCUUCAGCAGGAACAGCUUUGCUGGAAGUCCUAACCACGGCUGGGUGUCCUUUGGGAUUGAGAGGUUGAAUCCAAGCCGCCCUGGAGACCUAAAGGAAUCAUUCAACAUUACUUCACUUCAGCCUGACAUUAAAUGGCCAUCAGAAGCUGCGAAAGGCUUCAGGGAGAUCCAGACGUCUUUCUUCCAGCGCUGCAAAGAGCUGAGUCUGCGGGUGCUGAAGGUGAUGGCUUUCAGUCUGGGUCUGGACCCCGAGGUGUUCCUCAGUGCGCAUCGAUUCAUAGGAGAGGAAGGGAAUUGCUCCACUCUGCGGACUCUGUACUACCCUCCAGUGAAGCAUGAGGAGGUGAAGGAGGGUCAGUUGAGGUGUGGAGAACAUUCAGACUACGGCUCCAUCACCCUGCUGUUCAAAAGCUCUGUGGGUCUGCAGGUGCGUCAGCGGUCAGGAGAAUUCCUCUGCGCUCCUGCCGUCCCCGGAGCCGUGCUGGUGAACAUCGCCGACCUGAUGCAGCGCUGGACCGGAGAUCACUUUGUCUCUGUGCUGCACAGAGUGUUGCUGCCCCCCCCUGGAGACCUCAGCACCCGACAGUCUCUGGCUUUCUUCGUGCAGCCGGACGACGAGGCGCUGAUCUGCUGCUGCGACGGAUCCAACAAAUACCCUCCAGUGACGGGAGGAGGAUACAUCGCCGAGCGCUUCAAAGCCUCAUACGGACAAAACUAAACCCCUGCACAUCACUCAAGUCCUACAUAAAUCUAGGAAGUCUUUUAUCAUGUUUUAUCAGCACACUGUUUUUACAUUCUGGAUAUAAUUGUAUUUUCAUUGAAGUAAAGAGACACAAACUCAAAA